GGUGUUGUGCUGAAUCUUGUUCCCGGUGCGGCUUAACGGUCAGCCCAGCGUUUGCUAGCUGCUGUUUAAAUCACAGCGGAAGCUCCGCUAAAGCGAGGACGCAGCAUUUUCCUCCUCAUCACUUUGACUUCCUCGUCGUAGUUUCAGCGGUUAGCUCAGGGCAGAGGGUAGGGGACACGGUGUCGGAGCUUCUGCUUCACGUGCAGAGCCACGGAUACGGAUCUCCAUCCGCCCUCAACAAGAACGUCAAGUCCACGUUAAAGGGACAGUCCAGACGUUUAGCAGAGCACCUGAGGUCAGGUGACGGACCACAGCAUCUACCUACCUAUUGUAGGUGGCUAUGGGACAAACAGAUUAGUUCUGACCCACAGACUCACACUCGGCUGCUCACACGUGAGUGAUGCAUCCCCGUAGUGACCCUGGCUGCACGCGGAGCUGCAGAUGAGCUGAGCGUGCGUGUGUGUGUGUGUGCUUGUGUGUGUGUGUGUUCACCAUCCACCCGAGCAGCGGCUGUCCCCCCGAUCAUCUGGACUUUGACUCAAACAUGGCUCCUGUCCCUCCAGGGAUCCGCCUGCUGGUGUCCUUCAACAGAGACCAGUGGUACAGAGCUCUCACCUUUGCCCUCACCUUCCUUCUGUACACCAGCUUCCACCUCUCCAGAAAACCUAUUAGCAUCGUCAAGAGUGAGCUUCACAGGAACUGCUCAUCAGCCACUGAACUAGCCACGGUGGCGUCCAGCGGCAGUGGACACCAGGAGCCCUCCGUGUCCUCCCUUCACACAGAUGUGGACUGCAGCUGGAAACCUUUUGAUAAAAGCAACUACAAGCAGCUGCUGGGAGCCAUGGACUACUCCUUCCUCUGUGCCUACGCUGUUGGGAUGUAUCUCAGUGGCAUCAUUGGGGAGCGGCUGCCCAUCCGGCUGUACCUCACCGUGGGAAUGCUGACCAGCGGACUGUUCACCUGUCUGUUCGGGCUGGGCUACGUCUACAACAUCCACAACCUGACCUUCUACAUCGUUGUCCAGGUGGCCAACGGCCUGGUCCAGACCACUGGCUGGCCCAGUGUAGUGACCUGCAUAGGAAACUGGUUUGGAAAGGGAAGGCGUGGACUCAUCAUGGGGCUCUGGAACUCCCACACCUCGGUGGGAAACAUCCUGGGGUCCCUCAUAGCUGGCUACUGGGUCUCCUCUAACUGGGGCAUGUCCUUCAUUGUACCUGGACUUAUCAUUGCAGCCAUGGGUGUGGUCUGCUUCCUCUUCCUCAUUGAGCAUCCUCAGGACCUGCAGAGCAUGUACGCUCAGAGUGUGUCUCCCAGCAAGAGCGUGUCAGCCAAGAGCUGGAAUGGAGCAAACGGACACACUGAGGUGUAUCUGCAGUACAAGGACAACAAAAACCAGAGCUACGACACAGAGCUGCUGUUGCCCCGGGACAGCAUGUGUGUCCCUCUGCAGCCCGUGGUGGUGGUGAAGAGCAAGUCGGAGCCGUCUGCCAUCAGCUUCAUGGGAGCUCUGCGGAUCCCCGGCGUGAUCGAGUUCUCUCUGAGUCUGCUGUUUGCCAAGCUGGUCAGUUAUACCUUCCUCUUCUGGCUGCCGCUGUACAUCACUAAAGCAGCUCACCUUGAUGCAAAGAGAGCUGGAGAUCUCUCCACCCUGUUUGACGUUGGAGGAAUUGUGGGGGGGGUGCUGGCUGGCGUGACCUCAGAUAAACUGGGCAAGAGAGCGAGUACAUGUGCUGUGAUGCUGCUGCUGGCUGCUCCCAUGCUCUACGGCUUCUCCAUGAUCAGUGAGUUUGGUCUGGGCCCAACCAUCGGGAUGCUGCUGGUGUGUGGAGGACUGGUGAAUGGACCGUAUGCCCUCAUCACAACUGCAGUGUCAGCUGAUCUGGGGACCCACAAAAGCCUGAAGGGCAACGCCCGGGCCUUGUCCACCGUCACCGCCAUUAUUGAUGGUACCGGUUCUGUCGGUGCAGCUGUUGGCCCCCUGCUGGCAGGGUUGCUGUCUGCAGGUGGCUGGCAUCGGGUCUUCUACAUGCUUAUGACUGCUGACUUUCUUGCUUUGUUGCUUUUGUUACGACUUGUGAUGAAGGAGCUGACCUCAUCUAAAUCCCGUCCCAUCUCUGCUGUGGAGUUGAAGGAGCAUUAGGCACUUUUACACACACACACACGUCUGUGGGGAGGACCUGGACCUGAAGAACCACAGGGAACAGCAGCAGCCCCCACGGUGACCCACUUAUGUGUCCUUAGUCUGAGCAGAAGUCAGGAGGAAACUUCCAUUUGGACUUGAACUCAACCACGUCCUCAGGCAGAUUGAGUUAUAUUUCAGGUUUGGGCUGAGGGUGUUUAUUUCUGGGUAAGGAAAACCUUCAGCUGUUGAGCUGACAUCACCACUGAAGAAGGGUUUUACCACUAAAGCAGUUACAGACCUAACUAAUCAAAUGUUGAGUUCUUCUUGCCUGAAGUGAUGAAAGUAAAUAAUUCAGUUGGACCUCUAAAUAUAGGAGUCCACGUUUGUAUGUUUUUAUUCUGAUGAGAUGGUGCUGUCGGGCCGGGGACAUCAGAACUGUCCAGUGAUCCUUCUGUCAGCCUUGUUCUGAAGGUUUACGGUGACUGGACAUGUCUGGGUGGUCCUCGUGAAUCUGAGGAAGGAGUGUGAUCACCUCUUCUCUCCACUGUCUUGCACGUACCUCACCUCUGAGCAGGUGUUUGUGUGGGACCGGUUACAGCUGACCACUACUGAGCAGAACCUUGACCCGACUAAACCAAAGAAGAGGGAACCUGGUGUUUGGGUUUCCAUAGCUGCAGGUGGCAGCGGGACUCAGGAGGCUGGAUGGGAUUAUGUUCAUAAUGGGUGAAACAAGUGCACUUUGCUCCUGAUUGGUCCUUUAAUUGAAUGUUGUGGUUAAAACUACAAAGCCUGUAAAUUUAUUUUUGUUUUAAUAUUUAUUACAUUGUGUUUAUAUGGAGUCCAUAAAUGCAUCUGUAGUGUGUUAUGUGACGUUAAGAGCAGUGAUACUUUGUUCAUGAUUUCUGUUCAUUUGCACUUGGGUCCUCUCUGAUGGAUUCUGUCAGACCCAGAAAACGAAUAAAUACUUUUUGGGAUUUGCA